CUUAUUUUCUUUUUUGUGAAGUUUCAGUGACACAAUGGACCCUGGGAACAGAAGAGGAAUACACUGCAACAUGAGACUUACCUGCUUUGUGUUCAUCAUGGGAGUAUUUUGUGUAACACCUUUCUUCUGCCAUAGCCAAAUUGAUCCAUUAGCACUUGGACGAGCUGAUCCCCAGUGCUGGGAGUCCUCCUCAGCUAUCUUGCUGGAAAUGAGGAAGCCACGGAUUUCUGACUCUGUCACUGGUUUUUGGGACUUUAUGAUCUUCCUGAAGUCAUCAGAAAAUUUAAAGCAUGGAGCUCUGUUCUGGGACCUGGCACAGCUCUUCUGGGAUAUCUAUGUAGACUGUGUUCUCUCCAGAACGCAUGGCCUAGGGAGAAGACAACUGGCAGAAGCUGAACAGAGAGUCACCACUCUGCAUUCUCACAUCACAGGCAGAAAGCAAGGGGCAGCAUCUGGAUGUGGGGGAGAGGCCACCAGCCCAAGCAGGGAUGUGGACUCCAGGUUGCCAUCACAUGGCUCUGGAGCCCUCUGCAUGCACCAGCUGCGCCAGUGACACACACAAGAUUGGACCCUCCUGCUCCAGCGGCUGGUGGAGGUGGCUAAGGAGUGGGAGGUGUAGGCACAGUCCUAGCAGGAGGAGGAUAUUACCUGGGAGGCCACCCAGGAGGAUACAUGGGACCAGGCGGAGUGGGAGUUCUGAACUGAUCUCCUGGCCCUGGAGCAGGAACAGAUCCAGCUGCUCAGGCAGCAAGUGGCCAUCCAGGCCUGGGUAGUGGAGGACACAGAUGAUGACCACUGGACCCUGGACACCCUCCUGGGCCUGGCGUUUGCGUUUGUGCCUCCCACUGCUCAGUCCCUGUCUGUGGCCCUGAAGGGCCCCUGGUACUCACCCACUGCUCCACAGCAGGCCCCUGCCUGGGGCUGGGAGGAAUUCCUCCAGCGACUCUCACCCUCAGGAGCCCUGAGUCUGCUGCCACCUGCCUGGGCCCAGGCUCACUGUUUGUCCUGGCUCCACAUGGGCAUUGAGCUGAAGGUGCUAGGAGUGGCACCCACAAGAAUGGGGUGCUGGCCCUGUUGGCCCUGGACUUGGGCAGCUGGAGUUGGAGCGGCCUGCCCCAGAGAAGCCCUGGCCCCCAUCACCCAGAGACAAGCUCCCUGCCUGCUGUGGUCACUGUGGCCCCCUUGAUUCAUGAGGGACUGGUGAGAGGCUGUAGUGCCACGUGCCUGUCCCCUUGAUGGCCCCACCCCACGGCUUCCCCAAGACUCUGGGACUUGCAAACAGAGACUGAAACUGUUGUACAUAGUUUUGACAUGGGGGAUCAGGUUUUUUAUUGUUGGAGGGUAGUGGAGGGGCUCUGUUA